UAACCCUCCCAUUCACUCAGGGCUUCGUCCUGUUAGGGAGUUUAACCGACAAAACCAUCCAGACGGAUAAACCAUCCGUCCCGAAUUUGCAGUCCGGCAAAACCGUCCGUCGUUCCAAAAAAGGACUAUCUAGCAAAAAUUUUCCCCGUCCAGUUUUGUUACACUUUCUGUUAUCGUGGACUGUAGGCAUCCCGAUUUCUGCCUGGACGGUUAUGCGGGACUGGAAAUUCGGGGCGGAUGGUUCAUCCGUCUGGAUGGUUUUGCCGGUUACAGUUUGUCCAACAUACAGUACGACAUUAGAUCCGCAGUCCGUUAGUGAAAGUCGCGCUAGCGAAUUUCUGACUCCAGAAUCCACUCAAUCCAAACUGGCCUGAAUUUUUCCUGAUCAGAUUUUAGGUGUUCUUAGCUGUUAAUGUGUUUUGUUAGUCUUGAGAGUUAUAAAACUGAUAUUAUCGUAACGCGGUGGUAGUGAUUCGUGAAUGCCAUUUUCCGUUUGAUAACCUGGGAGUCUAGGAUCUUUAUUCUGGUGUUUUAAACCUUUCCCUUGCUGAGCCGUUGUAUUGUUUAUGAAACACUCGACCAUGUCCAUGAAUCCGACCUCAUAAACGGCACCUGAUGGGCCCGACUCUGGCGGGAAGAUAGCGGACUGUAUGGAGAAAAUGUUAGCCAGCGGAGACCUGAGUGAUGUGAACUUCACAGUGGGGCGCCAGUUCGGCCAGACCAAGAACUUCGCCGCGCACAAAUUUGUGCUCGCUACUCGCAGUUCCGUCUUCCGUACGAUGUUUUACGGGAGUCUUCCAGAGCAGUGUCAAGCAGCUCUCGACAUCCCCGAUAUCUGUCCUGAAGGGUUUGCCAAUCUGCUCAGUUUCAUGUACGCUGAUACAGUUAAAGAUCUUACUCGGGAUAACGCCUUCGCGACGAUUUGUUGCGCAGAUAAGUACGAUUUACCACAGCUGGUUAAAUGCUGCACUGACUUGGUACUCAGCCAACUUAAUCCAGAGAACUGCCUGGCCACUUUGGAAGAGGCCGUGCAGUGGCAUACCGACGGAAUAGCGCAGAAGUGUCUGGAAAUGGUGGAUGCUAAGAGUUAUCGGGUCCUGCAUUCGGAGCACUUCUGCUCCCUUAGUCAACAUGUACUGCGGAUAAUUCUGCAGCGGAGCACGCUAAUGGUGGAAGAGAAUGUUGUGUUCCUGGCUGUUGAAAGUUGGGCAAUAGCGGCCUGUGCUCGUAACGACAUGGAUCCAUCCGGUGCGAAUCAACGACAGAUGCUGGGAGACGAGUUUUUCUUAGUAAGAUUCCCGCUGCUGUCUCCAUCGCAAUUUUCUGACGCUACCAAGGGUGGUCUUCUCACUGAAGCGGAAAUCUCCAGCCUCAUCAUGUACCAGAAUGCCACCGUGAAACCGUCCCUUCCAUUUCCUGUGGAACGUCGUACGGGGCCCCAACCGCUGGAUCCGUUGACGCUGCGCUACGAAGAAGACGUUUUCGUCCAUAUCGACGGGAUGAAGUGGUGGAGGCCAGCCAGGAUUAGCAAAUUUAAUGCUGAUCAGGUGUCGUUUGUGUGGUGUAACACGGGCCGUCAAGGCACGGUAACACCGGACAAGGUGGUGCGGGCGGCGGAUAUUUUGCAGCAUGGCCAGCCUUUGAGAGCGCGCACUUCCUACGUGUAUAAUUACAAGGAUGUGACGUAUGACGGUAUGGAGGGAAGUCAGCACCGGGUCAGCUGCAACGGGGAGGACGUCGUUGUCUUGUUCCAAAAUUUGAUGCUAUGGAAUCAUCAGGUCGUGUCGUGGAAGCUGAAUAAUGGGAGAAUCUAAUUUGUUCUAAAGAGCUGGAACAGUUAUUUAUUUGUUACCUGUGGUAGUUUUCGGUGUAAAUGUCUACGUAAAAGGCAUAUCUGCUUGUUUAAAUUUCUAUGUAUUCUCCGUACAUUUUCGUAGUGCAUUGGCUGAAUAUGUAUUUAAGGUUGCUGACUUGCUGUUCACUAAUUGGCACGCGUAUU